UCUCUCUCUGUCUGUCAGUGUCUCUUUGCCGUCAGCCAUGCCCUCAUUUCCAACCCUACCCCCUCUCUACCUGAGCCUCCUCCUCUUCCUCUCGUACCACUCCCUUGUCCUCUCCUGUCAGAUUGGCACCAGCAGCCAGUGUCAGUCUGCUCCUUUUGUACCAGGCUACAACCUGGUGGGAGAGGGCUUUGAUGUUGUCACCUCACGGAGAAAAGGAGCCUACAUGGUUGAUGUUCAGACCUACCUCACUAAAAGCGGCACCUGUACUCUCUGCUCCAACCCCCUUCAAGGCAACAAGCUGCAGAAACUUCCAGUCUCUGCAGUGGACUGGCGCCCAUUCAGCCGCUGCAGUGUUCAUCUGUACAGCAGCAGACACACCUCCAUCAGCUCAUUGCUAAGAACAUACACCUACCAGGACAGCAAUGACUGGAAGGUUGGACUAGAUUUUAAGAAAUUGGUCGGCCUGGAGGUGGGGGGAACACGGUCUACUGCGUAUAACUUUGCCACAGCCAGAAGCAGAGAGGACCGCUACACCUUCAGCACACACAGAGCCACAUGUAGCCAUUACAGUUACCGUGUGUCAACCAAACCACCCCUCAGCUCUGAGUUCCGCAGUGAUUUGGAGAGACUGCCUGCUUCCUACAGCUAUUCAACAAGGGUCCAGUACAGACGGAUCAUAGAGACCUACGGAACACAUUAUAUCCGCCAGGUUAAAACAUGUGCACCACUUUUAUUUACUUAUUUCACAGGAAUAAAUUAUACAAUAUUAUGUGUAUCUUGGGGGGCGAUACAGGCACAUGCCUGCUUAUCACUGGGUGUCAAUGUAGGCCUGGGGAAGUUCAAACUGCCUGCUAACAAAAGGUCCUGCACCAAGAUCCUACAGAACCAGGGUGUCUCCAGCUUAUACAGCUCUGGUCUCCACAAACAUUACACAGAGGUGGUAGGAGGCACCGGCUGGGUGGGUGAGUUUUCUCUCCUCCGUAAUGACUCCGUGGGCUAUCGUAAUUGGCUGAAAACCCUCAAAGACCACCCUGAUGUUGUCCGGUAUUCUCUAAGACCAAUGUAUGAGCUGGUGCCAUACUGGUCAAAAAAGAUCGGACUGAAGGCUGCCACAGAGCAGUACUUAAAAGACAACAGCAUCAGGAGCUCAACCAGACAACCAUACUGUGGCAACAGUAUCCCCAACCUGGAUUACCAAUGCUGCCCUAAACAGGCCUGGAGAGGAACACUGGUGGUGACCAUUGUCCGAGCCUGGCGUCUCAAAGGAGAUUUUUGGGGCAAGACUGAGGGGUGCGUAGAUAACAAGACAAGAUCCAGAGAGAAGGCACAAUAGACAUGAUGCAUGAAACACAAACAUUGACACAGUUGUUUGCUUUUCUGUGUUUUUCCCAACUUGUAGGUAUGCCAAGAUGUGGUACGGUUCCACCUACCGCAAGACCCGUGUGAUCAGG